CACGAGGAUUUUAUUUCAAAACGUUGGCUGUGCUGCCUAAAUAAAUGACCGCAGACAUGAUGCGUGGCACGGAGUGUGAUCGACAAAUGGAACAGUCAUCCCGCACUGCCGUCCAAAGGUCGCAGUCAGCAAUGUCGUGCAACGCAGCACUUGCGCCAUCAUAACAUGAAGACGACUAAACAGCUUUCGUCACACGUCAAUGCCAACGACUCCAAGGUGCCACCGACGCAGCAGUAGCAUGCCAGUCCCGGUGUACCUGCUACCCUACAAGCCUACAUACUCGGCAGAGAUGGCUCGAAGGCAUGAAGCCGAAACGACCUCGGUUCCCCGGAUUGCCCAAGCACAGCGCCUUAAUGACGGAAGAUUAUUCCCGUCGAUUGAAGAAGAUGCAAUCUCAACUCGUCUCCCAUCUCCAUCCCUCUCACACUCCUCGAACAGACCAAAAUGGCAGCCACCGACGUCCCCGUCCCCUUCAGCGAACCCCCCUACCUCCUCGGCCUGCCCUCGCCCUACUACACCCCCGAGCUGCGCAAAUGGCAGAAAGCCGUGCGCGCCUUCAUCACCGACAACCUACUGCAGCACGCCUGGGAGUGGGAGAAGGAGGGCCUCGUGCCGCCCGAGGUGUACAAGAAGUUUGCCGAGUCGCGCAUCCUGCUCUCCGUCCUGCCCGCGCCGCUGCCCGUCGCGGAGCUCAAGGCCAACGGCAUCCAUGACUUGCUGGGCAUCGUCAAGGUGGAGGACUUCACCUACUUCCACAACAUGAUUUUCAACGAUGAGAUUUCGCGGUCGGGGCUCGGCGGGCCUGGGUCGGCCAUUACGGUCGGCAUGGCGUUCGGUGUGCCCGCGCUGAUUAAAUUCGGGAGCAAGUAUUUGAAAGACAAGUACCUCCCCGGCUUGUUCAACGGGGACAUCCGAGCGUGCAUCGCCAUCACCGAACCCGACGCGGGCUCCGACGUGGCGAACAUCACGACGGAAGCGGUCAAGAGCAAAGACGGGAAGAAGUACAUUGUCAACGGCACGAAGAAGUGGAUCACCAACGGCAUCUGGAGUGACUACGCGGCCAUGGCGGUGCGCACGGGCGGGCCGGGGGCGA